AUGGGACUUGUGUCGACAACUAGCAGGAAGUGGGUGGCUACCACGACCCAACGGCGAACAAGGGGAAACAAGCUGACCAGGGAUUUCUUCCGCCAUCUUGCCGCCCGUCUGCCCCCGGGCUCCCUCCCGGCUAGCCAACCCUCACUAUUGAGACGGGGCUAUCUAAAUCGUUAUCUCAGCUUAGACAAGAUGCUAUAUGGUGGCUGUCUAACUCUUCCGGCGAGUCCAACAGCCAGCAGUGUUGCAGCAUUGCAGCAAGCAUACUACGCACACGAGGUCGAGAUUUCCGCUAAUGGCGUGACUAGUGCCCCGCUCACACUACCAUUUGUUGCAGUGUAUGGAAGACCGCCGGCACAAGGAGAGGGAGACAUUGUCCUUACAGGGCAGGAUUUCCUGGAUAUCACUAGUGAUCUGUUUUGA